UUUUUAAUAAAGACGUUUUUAUAACUGUUUCAAUCCGCUUCUAAAGGUUACUCCGAUUUUGAUAACCUGAAAUAUCAGGUUAUCUUCUUCUUCCCUUUGUCAACAACAAAUCUGUAAGACCCAGCAAGAAUUUCUUCUUCCCUUUGUCAACAACAAAGCUUAUUUCCAAUUUAUCCCUCUUUGCCAACAACAAAUCUGUAAGACCCACCAAGAAUCCGAUCCUUUGAAACUCUGAAAACCUCUCUGUUUAGCCCCUUCAAGUCGAGCCGAAGCCCAUUCAGAUUAAGGAAUUUUGAAGAAGCAUUGAAGGAUUGUGAGGAAGCCCUUCAAAUUGACAAUACCAUUUAAAAACCCUUGUUUGUAAAGCUUGCUGAGGAUGGAAGAAGAAAACUUAAAAGCUGAAUUUGGACGAGGAAGAAGAAAAUAAAGAAGCCAUUGAUGAGGAAGAAAGAAAAUAAAGAAGCCAUUGAUGAGGAAGAAGAAAGUUGUUUUUGCUGAAGAAAAAUUUAUUCAACCGGUUAAAGGUCAUUGGAAUUUUUAAAAGCGGAUGCACUUCAAAGUUCAAGCCUUUAAAAAUUAAACAAAAGUUCAAAUCCUUAAAAGCAAAUGAACUAAAAUUCGUACCUUUAAAAUCAAAAUUUCUAAGUCUUUAUUGUAAGUUUCUCAAUUCGACAAAAAUGGCGCUGAUUUUCACGCUUACACCAUAAUCAAUGGCGGAACUACAAGUAGCACAAUCUCACUCCUCAACAACUAGGAAUUCGUGUCAUUCCUACAACAAUCAUCAUCCUAUGAAGAUGUCGCAAUCCCAGCAGCAACCAGAUAAUGAUCGGACCAGCGUCGAAUUGCGGGCUAUUGACUGUAAUCUCGCUUCUCUUUGUGAUCACAUUCAAUUGGAGGGUUUUAACAAUGGCAUUUUCUCUGAUAUUAUUGUCCAUGCUAUGGGCUCCACUUACCAUCUUCAUCGCUUAAUUCUUUCUCGCAGUUCUUUCUUCAGGAAUAUGCUUCAUGGUCCUUGGAAGGAAGCCUCUUCCCCUGUCUUAACUUUGCAGAUAGACGAUAAAAAUGUUAACUCGGAAGCCAUUGCUAUUUCGCUGGCUUACCUUUAUGGGCACCAUCCUACACUGAAUGACAAUAAUGCAUUCCGUGUUCUUGCUGCUGCAUCAUUUCUUGAUCUCCAGGAGCUAUGUGCUAUAUGUACAGAUUUUAUCAUCAAUGAGCUGUGGACUUCAAACUUCUUGGCCUAUCAGGUAUUUGCGGAGAAUCAAGAUUAUGGUUCACAUGGUGAAAGAGUUAGAAAUGCUUGUUGGGGCUACCUUUGCCAAAGUGGUUUCACAGAAUUGAAAGAGGUUCUUCCAAAACUUUCAUCUCAAACACUGCACGCACUGCUGACCUCAAAUGAACUUUGGGUACCUAGUGAAGAGAAACGCUUUGAAUUGGCACUAUAUACGUUGCUCAAGAAAAGUGCUUUAAACAAGGCUGAGACCCAAGAAAAGCAGUUGCAGACUGCAAGUCUGGAAGUAGGAAUAGCAAGUCGUCAUGACUUAUCUGAAUUUAAAGGGAAGAAUAUAACUGAUUCCUGUUGUACUAGAGAUGUGGGAGCUCAUAUGCGCAGUGGGAAUGAAAUCUCCUGCAGUGAGUCAAGUCUGGGUGUUCAAUACCCAUUUAACACAGAACAAUCUUCUCUUGUUACCCACUUCUCUGAGUCAGAUAGAAGUAGGAACUCUUUUUCUUACAUCAGACCGCCAUUCAGUUUUGCUGCAAGUGGAGGGGGACUUGAUGGUUCACUUGUAGAAGGACCAUCUGAAGAAAGCAUAUGUUGCCAAUUCAAUAAUUCUGGUUGGCUAUCUGAAAGUGACUCAAGACAAUGUUCUUCAUCAUCAAUAAAAUCUUCCUGCAAUGAGAUCAUUUCUGAUGAGUGGGGCAGAAAUGAUUCGGCUUUUUCAUGGGGUGGCAGGACUGUUGGAAGGAGGCAGGUGAAGAGUUAUGGCAAAGAGAACUGUGGGUUGAAAGGGGAAGAAUAUGACACAUUCAUUAACAUUUUUGAAGGAGGUUCAGUUCUGUAUUGCAACAUGUCGUUUGAGGCUCUUUUAGAUGCGAGGAAACAGCUUGAAGAAUUUGGUUUUCCAUGCAAGGCAGUGAGUGAUAGUCUUUGGUUGCAGAUGCUUCUCAGUCAGAGGGUACAAGAAAUAGCUGCUGAAACGUGCAGUAGUUGCUGCCUCAUAGGUUUGGCAUGUGCAUGCAAACAGCCAUUCACCUUUUCACAUGGUGCUGCAACCACAGGCUAUUAUGUUCAAGCGCCUGAUCAGCAUCAGCAUAAUCCAUCUGGCAAUUUUGGUGAGUUUUACCUUGCUGGUUCUGCUAUUGGUGAAGGAAAUGGUGUUUCAAGAUCAGUGAGAGUACAUGCUAGGGGUUCAAAUGAUGGACUUGCUGGCAUUGGACGUGGCGCCACAAUGAGUCCUGCUUCCUCUCAUGCUACUCGAUUUGUAUUUUCUCGUGUUCCCAAUGGUGUGGGAAAUAGAAAUGGGCAGCAAUCUCUUGCGAAUGAUGAUCUGGAAUUUAGACCUGAACAACAUGGUGACAUGUCUGGAGAUGGACUAACUGCUUUGGUUGGACUUAGUGAUGGAGGAAGAAAUUUCAUCAGUGGUAAUGGAGAACAGGCGGAGAGAGCUUAUACCAUGGAUCUAAGAAAUGACUUCAUUGGAACAUCUGUGGCUGGGCCAAGUGGCAGUGGGGUUCAGGUGGGAGAGUCUUCAGAUCAAGACAUUGAUAAUCAAUGCCCGGAUAACACAAGCAAUGCUUCUAUAUCAUUAGAUAUGAAAACACCUCUGAGCCACUUCCCACCAUUUCGCUUCGGGGUUGAAUUUGAGGAUGUCCAUCGGCUUAAUGAUGGUCAGGUUAAGCACUCGCCCGAAGCAUUUUAUGCUGGUUCAUUCUGGAAGAUAAGUGUCCAAGCCUUUAACGAUGAAGAUCCUCAAGGACGUCGCACACUAGGCUUAUUCAUUCAUCGUCGAAAGGCUGAAAUAACGGAUCCUCAGAGGAAGGUGCAUAUGUAUGUAGACUCUCGUAAAAAAGUUACAGCUCGCUAUCAGUUGAUAUGUCCGUCCAAGCGAGAAGUUAUGGUGUUCGGAAGCUUCAAACAAGCAGGUACCCUUUUGCCGAAAGCCCCAAAGGGCUGGGGGUGGCGCAGCGCUCUACUCUUUGAUGAACUUCCUGAUCUGCUUCAAAAUGGUUGCUUGAGGGUUUCUGCCGUUGUACAGCUUGUGUAAAUUCGAAAUUAUUUAUUUGUUCAAUAUAGUUGUAGUGGUAGAUUUGGACUAUUGAGUACCUCUUAACUCUACCAUCGUUUUGAGCUCGAUUUUCAUUCAUAAAUGAUCUGAAUAAUGAAUAUUUAUGUUGUAUUAUUUUAGUCGGAAGUUUAUGAGAAAAAUGAAUAAAAACAUUGCAACAUUUAGCUAAAUUGAUUUUCAAUUACUCUUAUUUAUUCAGUUGUUUAGAAUAUCAAAUCUAAUCAUCGUCGUAUUCAGUGUAUCCUGCUCAUAGGAAUUAUAAUCAAGAUUUGAGGAGGAAUGAAAGACGGCAACCAAUACCAUAAAGAAGGAUGUCACCAAAGA